ACCGAAUGGCGCUUUCGCUGCUUUCACAACAUCAGCAGCAGCCAAAUUAUUUCGAUUUGCAAACAUUAUUUGAUCCAUAUCCAUUACAACAACAUCAACAACAACACCCCCAAUACCCCUAUAAUUAUCACCAACAACAAGAUUUGCAACUCCAGCAGCAACAACAGUACAAUCACCAAUUGCAUAUAGAGCAGCAGCAGCAGCAAUUACAUUUGCCGGCGCCCAAAAGCUCAGGAAUCAACGAUUCGACUUUGAAAGCCGAUCCGACAACAGAACCAAUAAGUUUUUGUUCAGAUCAAAUGGAAUACCCCGCCAGCAAUCUUCAUCAGAAUCAUAAUCAUUAUCAACAGCAGCAAAGUAGAAAUAGUAACGAAAACAUUAACCACACCAAUAACACCAAUAUUAAUAGCAGUAUCGGCAAUAACAGAAAGACCAGCAACAUUACGCCUAAUAACAACAAUAGUCCAAUAUUAAACAAAACAAACCGUUAUUACGUGAACGGCUAUUCACAACAUCAAGUGGCAUCAGAUUAUGUCAUCACUUUCGUAGAUUCUCCACCGAAUUCGGAGGAAUCCUGGACUGACGAGAAUACAAAAGAGUCCCCUGGACCUCAAAUAAUCGACGUGCAGACAAUUUACUCAAAUAGUGGAUCGCGAAAGAGACGAAUGGAUUGGGACUCAUUGGACAUUGGUCAAAGUGGAAACACAACUACUACACAGUCUGGAGAAUUGGCUUCUAAAAUUCCACAUCACGAUAAAGACAAGGUCAAAAAGGAUAAAACGACAGGUCGCGGCAGUUGGACAGAAGAUAUUGGAUUUGAUUUGAAUACAGACUUCAAUAGUAAUUCUUAUCUCAGCAAUGAAUCCUUUUUAUCAUUUUCCCCGGCCCUGACAGUAUUGAAACAGGAGCCUCAAUCCGAUCAAUUGAAGGCUAAUAAAAGUCCAUUGAAUACUCAUCCUAUCGUAACUGGCAGUGGUGGAAGCGUGCCAAAACUCGAUAAGCCGCCAGCGCACAUAGAAACGGUACCAACAACCGAGAAUACACCUAAGAAUGCCUUGAACAACACUCUUUGCGGAUGUGGUUCACCAAAAACCGGCACACCACAGGAAAUCGAACACAACGGAAACAAUAUUGACAAGUCCAACGGCGGUGCAUCCAACGCAUUCGGUAAUGUUGGCUCACCUUACAGCUGCGGCGAAAAAACAAUCGCACAAGGAAAUUCAGCGCCCCAACAAUUAUCCGAAGUCGAUGGGAGCAAAAUUGAGAACAGUACUGGUCGAGGUGCUGCUAAUGGAAAUAAUACCAAUGCACACUCUGAUGACCACAAAUUUCAGUACAUUUUGGCAGCUGCAACCUCAAUAGCCACCAAGAAUAAUGAAGAAACGCUUACCUAUUUAAACCAGGGACAAAGCUACGAAAUCAAGCUUAAGAAGAUCGGUGAUUUAUCGUUUUAUCGCGAUAAAAUAUUGAAGAGUGUCAUCAAAAUAUGCUUCCAUGAGCGUCGCCUACAAUUUAUGGAACGUGAGCAAAUGCAACAGUGGCAAGCUUCUCGCCCUGGGGAACGGAUUAUUGAAGUAGACGUUCCACUUUCAUAUGGGCUAUGUCAUGUAUCGCAACCGUUAAAUCCGAACUUCUUGAAUACUGUGGAAAUCUUCUGGGAUCCCUUAAAGGAAGUAGGCGUUUACGUUAAAGUGAACUGCAUUUCAACUGAGUUCACACCCAAAAAACAUGGAGGAGAAAAAGGAGUGCCAUUUCGACUACAAAUUGAAACUUAUAUAGAAUCAACCAACUCUACCGGAGGAGCAACGGCAUCAGCAAUAUCGGCUGGUGCUUUAUCAAUUGCAUCUAGUUCAGUAUCAGCUGGGAUAGCAUCAGCGUCUAUGCCGGCCGGUACUAAUAUACCAUCGGGGAACAACCACUCGCUCAUAAGUGGCAAGCAACCGGUACAUGCAGCAGCAUGUCAAAUCAAGGUAUUCAAGUUAAAAGGUGCUGAUCGUAAACAUAAACAGGAUCGCGAGAAAAUUCAAAGGCGCCCUCAAGCAGAGCAAGACAAAUUCCAGCCAAGUUAUGAGUGCACAAUUAUGAACGACAUACCUCUGGAUAUAUUAGCACCCACAACAUCGGGUUGCUUUAGCCCUGAAUAUAUGAAGAUUUGGCCCAAUUCACCGGUACACAUUCCCAAGUACGAUGGCAUAUUGCCGUACACUGGAGGAUCACCUGUUACCAACUCCAGUCCCAUAGCCAUAAAUAGUGUUACUUCAACAAAUUCUCCAACGCUGAAACUAAUGGAAGCUAACAUGGUGUCUCCGCAGCAGUCGGUCACGCCAGACGUGGAUGACUACGCAAUCAACAUUUUGCCAGAAUCCUCUCCAAGCCAAGUUGCGCAAUGGUUGAGCCACCAUAGAUUGACUUCUUACCUGUCAACCUUUUCACACUUUUCCGGUGCCGACAUAAUGAGGAUGUCUAAAGAGGAUUUGAUUCAAAUAUGUGGGCUUGCCGAUGGAAUUCGCAUGUUCAACAUAUUGCGCGCUAAAGCUAUUGCGCCGCGUCUUACACUUUAUGUAAGUUUGGAUGGCAAUAGCUACAAUGCCAUAUACUUGCUAUCGAACACAUCAAAGGAGCUAAUGCAGAAAUUGUGCAAAAUGCCUGGAUUCUACGACAUGAUUGCAAAUGGCAACACAAAUGGUGCAUUAGAAAAUGGCUCGAUUUACAGUAGCUGGAGCAUACACUCGAAAUAUUCCGGCAGCGGUUCAAAUAUUUUCAAUGAUAGCACCAAAAACUUUAUUUUUCUAGCAGGCCCUUCAGGCGUACAUGUAAACGUCACUGACGAGGUAUUGAAUAAUGAGGUGAGAGACGGAAGUCUUUAUGCUCUCGAAGUACAAAAUGGUAAAGUUGUUAUGAAGUUGAUAAAUAAAAAUGAUAAUUGAAAGCCUAAUUAGAAUGAACCCUAUAUAUAUACAUAUAAAUAUAACUGAAUAUUUAUGCAUAACUAUUUUCUUUGACUUGAUUCAACCAACAAUACAUAGUAAUGUUAAAAAAACACAAUGUUAUCAUAAGCCUUUAUUCAUAUAAAUAUGUACAAUAUUUGUGAAGUUCGAUUGACAUUAGACGAAUUUCGUUAUUACUGCAUAUUAGUUUUUAUAACGUAUUUUGAAAAUUAGCCAUAUUUAACUUCACUUUAUAAAGCGCACUUUUCCCAAGAUGUUUCUUUCCGACGAUCGCUACGUAAAUAAUAUUUUGCACAAUAUAUCAACAUAUUUACAUACAUAUACAUAUGCCUUGCAAUUUAUUGGAAGUAUAAUAUAUGAGAGUAUGUAUAAAACAUAGUCUAAUUUUUUGCAUGCGUUACCCAUAAGAAAAGUUUAAACUUAAAAUAAAAGCGGGCCAAACACUAUCAUCACUUUUAUUGAGACACAAUUACUAGCAACCAAAUAUAUUAAAUGUAAAAAACACCAAGAUUAUAAGCUUCAGCAAUGUUUAAAUGUAUGCUGUUGUAGUCAAAACUGUAUGUUCAUUCAUACAUACAUACAUAUAUACAAACAGUCUUUAUUGUGUAUCUAUUAUUAUUUAAAAAUUACAUAAUAUUAAUACAAUAUGUGGAAGAAAUAAACAAACGGUCUGUAAACAA